CUCCCUCUAUAACGCCCACUCUUCACCACGGUCCAAGACGAGCAGACGCUUCGUGCGUAUCUGUCUCCUAACUCACCAAUCUAUCAGGAUGAUAUUGCGAAAGGGUCGCUUUUCCGGGAUCUACACCUUUUACGGAUUGUAUUUGCACCCUCAGUACCUCAUGGAUAUGUAUUCUUUAUUAUUAGGCGAAACUGAAAAGCCAAGGAAACUCGGUAUCUGAUUCAUCGCACCUGGGAAGGGUCGAGCACAAGAAUGGAAACUAUUUCUGCAAAGCGCGGGCGAGCAAAAGUAAAGGCAUAGGUACCCGAAUCGCUUUGGGAGAAGAAAUGAAAAUAUCUUGUUUUUAAGCGCACCUGUGAGGAAAAGACAUUGCGGACCGUACUGAUUCGAGUCUGCUAUCGCGACAGUCCGCUACCGGAGUUUGAACCCAUUGCGCUUUGAGCUGCUCUUUACCUCGGCCAUUAUAUUGCUUUAAUUAGAGGGAUCCCACCCUAUCCCCGUCAAACCGGCACCAGCUGUCACUUCACACCCGAGGAAAAAGGGAUCGUAAAGGAAAUAAAGGUGGAUGGAGAUCCAAAAUCGGCAGUGCUGUCAGUCUUGGCUCUGAACGCCAGAUACUCUCAUGUUACUGGACCGAUGCCCCCCGUCUUCGCUCCACGCCAACCUGUCCACAUGUAGCAGCUCGAGCCUACAUCUAUCUUCAGCUCAGACGCCGCCGGUGGAGCCUUCAUGAGCAUCUCCAGCCAUUCUUCACUUCUCAGAUAGAGUUACCCAGAGAGAUGGAGCGGCUGAUCUUCUCCCUGCUGGUGCUGGCCGUGUCUGCGUCGGGGCAACUGUGCCCCAAACGUUGCAUGUGCCAGAACCUGUCACCAUCUCUGGCCAUCCUCUGCGCCAAGACCGGGCUGCUGUUUGUGCCAACGGUCAUCGAUCGACGUACGGUGGAACUGCGUCUCACUGAGAACUUCAUCACGGCGGUGAGGAGGCGGGACUUCGCGAACAUGACCAGCCUCUUGCACUUGACGCUGUCCCGCAAUACCAUCAGCCAGAUCAUGCCUUACACUUUCGGCGACCUGAAGAAGCUACGGGCGUUGCACUUGGACAGCAAUCGUUUGAGCGUCAUCACCGACGACCAUUUCCGAGGUCUUACCAAUCUGAGGCACCUUAUCCUAGCCAACAAUCAACUGCACAACAUUUCACCACAUGCUUUCGAUGACUUUUUGGGGACCCUGGAGGACUUGGAUCUCUCGUACAAUAACCUUGUGGACAUACCGUGGGAUACUAUAGGACGACUUACCAACGUGAAUACUCUCAACAUGGACCAUAACCUCAUAGAGCACGUCCCACUAGGAGUCUUCUCCAACCUGCACAAAUUAGCACGUCUUGAUAUGACAUCAAAUAAGCUAAAGAAAAUACCCCCCGACCCUUUGUUUCUUAGGAUACCAGUUUACGCCAAGUCAAAGGGGUCACCUCUUUCUUCUCUCGUCUUGAGCUUUGGAGGGAACCCUUUACAUUGUAACUGUGAGCUACUUUGGUUGCGGAGGGUAACUCGUGAGGAUGACUUGGAGACCUGCGCGUCUCCUACUGAUCUUACAGCAAAGUAUUUCUGGACAAUCCCGGAGGAGGAGUUUAUCUGUGAUCCACCUGUGAUUACAAGGAAAUCUCCAAAAACCUUUGCCAUGGAGGGCCAGCCCACCAGUUUGAAAUGCAAAGCCAACGGGGACCCGGACCCCGAAGUUCACUGGAUCUCUCCGGAGGGCCGUCUAAUCGCGAACACCUCUCGUACUUUAAGCUUUAGCAACGGGAGCUUAGAGAUUAAUAUCACUUCCCUGAAGGACACAGGAGUCUUCACCUGCAUCGCAUCUAAUGCCGCAGGGGAGUCUACGGGCACGGUGGAACUGGUGGUCAAUCCACUGCCUCACUUAGCUAACAGCACUAACCGAGUCCGAGAACCUGAUCCGGGGCCAUCUGAUAUUCUAACCUCUGCUAAGUCGACUUCAUCCGCUAGCAAUGAGACCAGGAAUCAAGAGAGGAAGAUAGUACUUGCUGAGCUCACAGCAAAUUCGGCACUCAUCAGGUGGCCUUCACAACAACAAUUUCCUGGAAUCAGGAUGUAUCAGAUUCAAUAUAACAGUUCAUCAGAUGACACCUUGGUCUACAGAAUGAUUCCCUCCACGAGUUACGACUUCCUGGUACGAGACCUGGUUUCCGGGCGGGAAUAUGACCUAUGCGUGCUGGCGGUUUACGACGACGGUGUGACAUCCCUGACAACCACGAGGCAGGUGGGCUGCGUCACGUUUAUCACGGAGACUGAAUACAGCCAGUGCCAGUCACUCCGGAGCCACUUUCUGGGCGGGACCAUGAUCAUCAUUAUCGGUGGCAUCAUCGUGGCCUCCGUCCUCGUCUUCAUCAUCAUCCUCAUGAUUCGAUAUAAAGUCUACAACCAUCAUGGAGCAGAUCCAGGGAAGGGAACUGCGAUGACCAACAUGCGGUCACAGUCGAAUGGGGGGCAAGCGUCGGGGCAGGUCCCACGAUCCAGCUCCAAGAUCGUGGAGGGUCAGGAGGCCCCGGCGGGAGUGGGUUUGGGCGGGGCCACAGGGGCCACCGCCUGUUUAAAAGACUCCACUGUAACGGUGCAGGUCGCGGAGCCCGAUAGAGCCGUGCAGAUAUCGGAAGUAACCUCAGAGGACGUAGUGUCUCCCACGCAAAGACACCAUCGUAGGACUUCUAUAGAGCUUAAGAGACGGAAUUCGAUGUCGUCCAAAGAGGGAACGAGCUUUGAAACAUCAGGAGACACGGUGAGCCCGCAGGUCAGCGACGAGAAGAAGGUUCAACGAGAUUGGAGCGACUUUAAAAUUUGAUGACUCCUUCUGCUGUCCCGCAAGAGGCAGCCAUCAACCCUGAAAAAGCACACCAGGUCAUCUGAUAAUAGGGAGGAAUAUGAAAUAAUUUGUCCGAACCCCACUGGACUCUCUCUCCUGAGUAUUCACUCAUCUCACUGUAUUCCAAGGACUAUCCAACCGUUUCCUACAGGGACAUAUUUAAGGACUCAAUCCACUUCUGCAACCAAUGGAAACGGAGCACAUAUUUGUUCUCCAUUGCUGGCUUUUGGAACGCAUUGCCUUUUAAAUCCCUUUGGCCGAGACUGUCUGUGUGAUUGCUGCCAACUACAGUAUGUGUUACUUACUGGAUCUGGAUUGAAGAAUAAUGCUAUAAUAGAAAGAUAUGCAUUUCCCUCCACCCAUUCAAUCAUGCAAACCGCACCAGUGAGAGAGAUUUCAAAUGGGAUUAAAGUAAACAGUACUUCUGUUCUUCUGCACCGUCAUCAAUCCACCCUCCUCCGCCAGCUUUGCAGCAUCAGUCGCGAUCAUCCGCCCAGUAAGAACUGAACUGGGACUCCAACCAACAGAAAGAUGCUGGUGAACAGUCCCAACUCGGAGCACAAUUAUAGCUGUUCUUUUAAGUUGAUCCGUCACUUUUUAUUUUGCCAUUUUCUUUUGUAACUGUACAUAAAUCAAUUUAAAAUCUUAUAGUUUUGUACAUGUAAUUUUUAUGGUGUGUGAUUUUUUUAAAUAAAAUUAAAGGAUUGAUUCUAA